AUGAUAAAUCGAUCACCUACAAUAAAAUCGAUUAAUAAAUAAAAUUAGAGCUAAGAUCCCUUACUCAUUUUAACCCCUCCAAGUAGCUUACGUGAGAUUAGUUGUUCGUUUAGGGGUCAUUUGAAUCGAUAUGUUUCAAUAUAAAGUAGAAGAAAUAAAUAAGAACAACAAGAAGAUUAAUAACAAUAAAGAUAAUUUAGAUUACAUUUGCAAAGAUUGUAUUAAGAAUCAUUUAUUAAAUAAUUACUGGAUAAAGCUAAGCCAGUUAGCAAAAUGAACAACUAUUAAAAGUAAGUUCUUGAUGAUCUUUAAUUUGGGUAGGAUACAUAAAUAGAUGAUAUAGAUAGUACUUGUUAUAAAUUUAUGUUCAAUUAUUUCAACAAUUAUCCUAUUAUAUAACCGUAAAGCAAUAUAAAACUAUGUUCAGAUAUAGUAUUUAUUAUAAAUACAUUGAUAAUAUUCAUAUGGUUGCCAUUUAAAUAUUCUUUUGAAUUCAAUUCAAUUCUAUAAAUAUUAGAUUAUGAUUAUUACUAUAUAAUUGAAUAUCUACUCAUAGGGAUGUUAUUAUUUGAAAUGAUCAUUUCCUUUAAUUAAGCAUAUAUAUUUAAGGGGAAAAUAAUUAAGUAAUAAAUUCUUAUUGUAUUAGUUAGCACUAUCAUAUAAUAUAUAACUAUUUGAAAUAAGACAUGAUAAAAGACCUUAUCUGUUUAAUUUCUUUGAUUAUUUUAUUAUUCUAAACUUUAGAAGUGGCAGAAUUAAAUUUAGUAUUAUUAUGUAUAUUUGGUGUACUUUAAGGAGCUAAAUUAUUGAAAGUUGUUAAUAAUACUCAGGAAUAUUUUAAUAUUUAACAAAACAAUUUAAUUCCAUUGGUUAUUAAUUUGAUUGCAGUAAUUUAUGUAAUCCAUUUGGUUUCAUGUAUAUGGUAUACUUUAAUAAAGGAUAUAAAUAAUUUAAAAUCAUUAGAGAAUGUAAUUUAAUAAUAUAUCCAAUGUUUUCAUUGGGCAUCAGUUUAUUUGACAAGUUCAGGACUUUCUAAUUUAGAGUCAAGUAAUAAUGAAUAAUUGAUAUUUUCAUCAUUAAUAUCAAUAAUUUCAAUAUUGAUAAAUGGAUUUGUUACUAUAAAGAUUGGAUUCUUUUUGUAUAAUCAUUCUUAAAGAAUUAAGCAUAAUUAAUACAUUAAUAUGAUGACUAAUUAUAUGAAUUUAAAUAGCAUAAAUUUGAAUUUACAACAUAGAAUCCGAAGUUAUUUGUAAUACAUUUAUAAAGUAAUUGAAAAUAAUAAUUAAUUAGUAAGAAUAGUAAAUGAAUGAUGAAGAUAUUACUUAGAUAAUGGGUAAGUUAUCACUUUAAUUAAGAAGUGAAUUGAAACAUUAAUUAUAGGCAAAUAUAUUAGAAUAAUGUAAAAUGAUAUCAUCAAAUUUCUCAUUUAAAUUAAGGAAAUAAUUAGUAUAUUAUAUGGAGGAAGUGAAAACAAUACCUGAACAAAGAAUCUUAACAUUAGAUGAGUAAGAUGAUAGUUCAAUUUAUUUUAUAAAUAAAGGUGAAGUAGAUAUAAUAUUUGAGUAAACAAACAAUAUGAAUGAGAAACAUUCUCGUAAUCAUAUAAAGACUUUGUAAAAAGGAGAAUAUUUUGGAUUUUUAGGAUUUAUAACUGCAAAUAGAAGGACAGCAACAAUAAUUAGUAAAGGAUUUUGUUAAUUGUACAAAAUAUAACGUAAACAUUUUGUAAAUUUACUUGAACAAUUUCCAGAUGAUAAAGAGAAAUUUUAUAUGAUAAAAGAUAAAGUUUAAUUUUAACAAGAUUUAUCUAUGCUUGAUGUGAGAUGUUAUAGUUGUAAAUCUACUAGUCAUUUGGUGAAUUAAUGUCCAUUCUUACAUUAUUAACCAGAUAAGGAUAGAGUCAUCAAAUAAUAAUUGUAUCCAAUUUCAUAAGAAAGAGAAGAUAUGUAAUAUAAAUAGACAUAUAUCUAGAUAAAGGAAAUCUAAAUAUAUUAAUGCUAUGUUAUAAUAAACAGUAAUUUCAGAUUUGGCUAAAGAAUUAAUGAAGGAUUUGGAAAAUGUUGAAGAAAGUGAGAAUUUAUCAGAAGGUGAAUCUUAAGACAUUUAGACAAGAACUAUAAAAAGUAUUAUAUAAUUGUCCAAUAGGUACUUCGAAUGUCCAAACAAAAAGUUUAACAAAAUCUAUUAGUUAAUAUAGUAAUCAAUUGAGUAAGUUUAGUCAUAGGCCUUCUUAAACUUUGACUGCUGGAUUAAGUUAAAAUUAUCCAUCAUCUAAAUCUCAAGAAGAAAUAGGAAGAUUUGAAUAAGAAAUUUUAAAGAAGAUGUCUAUUCAUCGAAAAUCUCAAUAAAAGGAAACAGCAGGAUUUGGAGCCAAAUUUGAAUCUUAAAUGCAUAAUCCAAUAUAAGAAAAUGAUGAAGAAAUACCAAUCAUUGAUAUUAUAGAUGAAGAACUUUAAUUAUAAUAAUAAGAGAUUUAAAGACCUACAUAAUAAUUUUACUAUUCAGAUAAGAGUCCAAGAAUUUAUAGAAGAGUUUCAUAAAAAGUUUCAUUUGAUUAGAAUUUAUUUGGAAUGAGAAAUAGAAGAUCAAGCUUAAUCUAUGAGAAUUAUAUUUAACAAUUGUAUGAGGAAGAACACUAUUAAAUCGAAUUCGUAAGAUUGCUUUCAUUACCAACCAUAGCCCAUCAUAACUUAGCCAUCGGUAGGAGACUUCGAUAAAAUCUGUGAGUUUAGAGAGUAUUAUCCAGAGUAUAACAUCUCCAGAGUUAUGAAGUAUCUGUAGAGAGUGACCUCUAUAUAUCAUAGACAACACAUAAAUUCCUUAUACUCAUUUUUGUUUAUUGCCAUACAAAAAGGAUAAGCCAUGAAGGACAAAUUAAGUCAUUUUCAGAGCAGAGGAAAUAUCAAACCUUGUUCUAAUAAAAGGAUUUAUAAGUAUUUGAAAUUUAUAUAUGAAUUAGGAAAGGAAAAGUUAAAACACUUAUAUUUUGA